AUGUCAUCCUCUCAAGUGUAUAGAUCCACUAGAUCCGCUGAGCAAGAGUCUAAGUCCUUCGAGGAAGCUGUUAUUCAAGGUCUGGCUACUGAUGGUGGUCUUUUCGUUCCAUCUACCAUCCCAACAGUCUCCAAGGACACACUUUUCAGCAAGUGGUCUAAGUUGUCUUUCCAAGAGUUGGCUUUUGAAAUUAUGAGACUAUACAUUGACUCUAAGGAAAUUCCAGAUGCUGACUUGAAGUCCUUGAUUGAAAGAUCCUACUCCACUUUCCGCUCCGAUGACGUUACCCCAUUGGUAAAGAACGUUACCGGCAAUGAAGAGAACUUGCAUGUUCUUGAAUUAUUCCAUGGUCCAACAUAUGCUUUCAAAGAUGUCGCUUUGCAAUUUGUCGGUAACUUGUUUGAAUACUUCCUGCAAAGAAUUAACAAGGACUUACCUGAAGAACAAAGAAAAAGAUUAACUGUCGUUGGUGCUACUUCUGGUGACACAGGUUCUGCAGCAAUCUACGGUCUAAGAGGUAAAAAGGAUGUUUCUGUCUUCAUCCUUUACCCAACUGGUAGAAUUUCUCCAAUCCAAGAAGAACAAAUGACUACUGUUGAGGACAAGAACGUCCAAACUUUGUCCGUCGCUGGUACAUUUGAUAACUGUCAAGAUAUAGUUAAAGCCAUCUUUGGUGACAAGGAUUUCAACUCCAGACACAAUGUUGGUGCUGUUAACUCCAUCAACUGGGCUAGAAUUUUGGCUCAAAUGACCUAUUACUUCUACUCUUACUUCAGAGCCACAGAUGGCAAGGAAGGUAAGGUUAAGUUUGUUGUGCCAAGUGGUAAUUUCGGUGAUAUAUUAGCUGGUUACUUUGCUAAGCAAAUGGGUUUACCUGUUGAAAAGCUAGUUAUUGCCACUAAUGAAAAUGAUAUUCUUGACAGAUUUUUGAAGACCGGUACUUACGAAAGAUCUGCCAAUGUUUUGGCUACACACUCUCCAGCUAUGGACAUCUUGAUUUCUUCCAACUUUGAAAGAUUACUGUGGUACCUUGCUCGUGAAUUUUUGGCUGAAAAGGAUGACUUGAAGGCUGGGGAGAUCAUCAACACUUGGUUUACCCAAUUGAAGACAGAAGGUAAAUUUGUUGUUGAUAAAUCUAUCAUCGAGGGUGCUCUACAGGAUUUUGCAUCUGAAAGAGUCUCUAAUGAGGAAACUAUUCAAACUAUCAAGAAAAUGUAUGAAAUUUCCCAAAAUCCAAAGAAGUAUGUCUUGGAUCCUCAUACAGCCGUUGGUGUUUGUGCCACCGAAAGAUUGAUCAAGAAAGAUAACGAUAAGGAGAUUCAAUAUGUUUCCCUGUCAACAGCCCACCCAGCCAAGUUUGCCGAAGCUGUUAACCAAGCUUUGUCCUCCUUUGAUGGCUACUCAUUCGAAUCUGACGUUCUGCCAGCUGAAUUGAAGAGAUUGUCUACUCUACCAAAGAAGAUAAAGUUGGUUGAAAAGGCCGAUGUCACUUUGGUAAAGAACACUAUUGAAGAAGAACUUGCCAAGAUGGGUUUGUAA